AUGGACGACCUCACCACGUUCCUCAACAGCGUCGAGUCCACCGCGCGGAAGAUCCUCAAGCAGCAGAACAAGAAGCAGCAGCAGCAGGCCGCCAGAGAUCGCGUGGCGCUCGCCAAGGCGUCAACCCAGCAGCAGAAUGCAGCGGAGACCAGCAGCCACACGCCCACGCGAGACGAGCUGCGCGUCGCGUACGCGUCGGGCGGCUCGCUCAUCAUCACGGCGCCCACGAGCAACCAGAAGCCGCCGCGCUCGCCCAGUCGGAGCGAGCACUCUAGCAGUGAAGUGGCAGACGACGGACUGCUGCCGAGACUGCCACCUCCACGCUCUCCAGUGGCCUCCGUCCCUCCUGGGAGCAUCUACUCGCCGCUGCAACUGCCGGCGAUCAACCGCAAGGGGAAACCCGCUCCAGGCUCGAACAACCGCUCGUCGGCGCUCAAGCUGCUCGAGUCGCCGCUGUACAAGUCGCUGACGAAGCUUCGAGCUGAUCCCGGAGGCUUCGGAGUGCCCGCGGGCACUCCACCGGGUCCGAAGCUCAAGAAGGCGCUGCGUGAGGUGGACAACGUGGCGCUGCUGCUGCGCAAGAUGGGCCUGCACGACCCGACAGGAGCGGGCUCUCCGGCGCACCGAGCGGACCACGCAGUGGACAAACGCAUGUGCAACGCGUGCUGGGCCAAGCCCGACAAGGUCACGGGCUGCGAGCACCACCCGCGCGUGUUUCCUAAGGGCCGCAGCGCGAAAAGCAUCGAAGGAGACGCGUUGGCGCUGCUGACGAGCUUGGAGCUGCAGGGACCCACUAGCUGGCUGUCGGACGACCUUUUCGUCAAGUACCGGUCUGAAAACGACCGAGAGAAGUUGUGGUUUGCGUUCGUGGAGCUCAAGAAGCAGCAGCAGGAAAUCGAGGCGCGUGGGAGCGCCAAUGCCAAGGAGCAGGUGAGUCUCGCGGUGAUCCCCAUUGUGACGCGGCACCCGAUAUGCGCGCUGUUCGAGACGCUGCAGAACCUCGAGAACCUGCGCACGCAGGCCGAGACUCGCAAGCGCAACCUGACCAAGACCUUCAUCUUCGACGUGAACCACAUCUGGCUGACCAACCUCGACCACUUCAACCAGCGUCCCACAAGGCAUCGUAUAUUAGAUCAGGCCCCAGAGGAUGAACGCGAACAAGUCGACCCUGAGAGCCAUUCACUAAGCGGGAGACGAGAUGAACAAGCCAUUCGAGAGGGAUACUCGCAGAUCCAGUCGAUUUCCAGCACAAGGGCUCUGAAGCAAGCAGUCUCAAUUGGAGGAGGGCCGUCCUACUACGGCAAAGUAUCGACUAGCGGCUCCCAAGCCUCGUUGAUGCAUUCUGCUAGCACUCGGCGGCGGAAAACUGCGUCGAGAGGAGGAGGAGACCCCUUCCGUCCUCUGAGUUUACUCGUAUGCGGCAGAUGGGAUCCUGAAAACCAGCCCAACGUCCUGGACCGAGUGCCCGGCGUGACGCUUGUGGGCAACAAACCCGUUCUCUGGUGGCGAUACGAGCCCGACCAUGAAGUUUCAAAGGAGGGCGUGCCUCCGCCCGAGUAUACCAAGACGGUCGCUCUGUUUGCUCGAAACAGCGUGCUGUCCUCGUCAAAUUCCAUCCUCGUGAUGCUUGUAUUGGCGCUAGAUGCGCCGAUACUGUCGCCUUUGUGGUUUGCGUGGCACGUUGGCUCCAAGAUGCCGCCGCCGGAGCUCGAAGCCGCGAUCUACACACUCGCAGAGUCCGAAACGAACUUCGGUCGGGUCAUGGCCUUCGUGUCGCCCUGUUUGAGAAGUCUGUUAAGUACUCGGCUGGAGUCAAUACUUGACGACCUGCUGCCUGGAACUAUAGCGCUGCUCAACGACGCUGCGCAGGAAGAAGAUCACUGGUUACAGCUAACGGAGCUGCCGUCUGCACCUGUCGGACAUCGUCGAGGCUGGAGUGAGUUCACGGAUAGACACAACUUCCGACAGUGGUUUCUGCUCACUCAAGGACGAACCAUGUCCCCGCGCUACGAUGUGGUAGCGCAAUACUGCAGCGUCACCACGGCCCAUCCAAAUGCUCCUGGAGUCUGUGGCCGAUACUGUUGGCAUGAGACCGACCCGGUCGAGAUGCAGUUGUGUCGACGUCGUGUGGAAAAGGACCUGAUCUACGUGAUCCAGAACCACUUGACCAGCGGGCCGAACGAUCCGACCUACUUCAGCGUGGCCAUGAGCCACGAGAUCAUGGUGGACGUGCUGGGCGCCCGGUUGUCAAGCUACUUGGCCAUGGUCGCAGAGCGUGAGGCGCGAGCCGCGUACGAGAAGAAGCUCUACGAGAUCGAGCAGAAGCUCGAAGCGGGUCGCCUAGCGCUCGAAGCCAAGCGACAAGAGCAGAAGAGGUUGGAGCAAGAACUCGAAGCUGCGGCAGCUCAAGCCGAGGCUCGGAGUAAAGGCGGGAUAAACCGCGCAACGGAAGAAGCGUUGGAGCAGGAAUGGGCCCAUCGACUGGCGGGGUCCACCGUCUUAGAGCAGCAAGGCUUCUGGGAGAUGCGAGAGAUCACGGUAGACGACAGCGGCGUCGUGUUCUACCACUCCCUCAAUUCGGGGCUGCCCGUGGCUCGACGAUUUUUGUGGGAACCACCAGAGGAAUGGGAGAAGAGCGACGACAAGGACGACGGCGAGGUCUCCAGGCCACCGACGACGACUCGAAGCACCUUUUCCGCAGCGUCCAAGUUCUCCGCAGGGAGUUCGGCCGUCUCCUCCAUCACUGCAAAGCAACGAGCGAAUACGGAGGCUCAAGCCGCGCUGAUGCAAGCCUUACUUGAAGACGAGCAGUUCUUGCAGCAGUUGAAGACGAAACUGGGCUUGUCGUCACGCUCUCGACCGACGUCUCGAGCCACAGUCCGCACUGGUAGGCGAAGUCUCAUCUUCGAGGACGAAGAAGUGGAUGAAAACUACGCCCGACAAGUAGAUCUGAACGACGAGAUGGCGGCCCUGAUGGGGGAAGGCAUGGACCGAUCCAAGUCGGCGCUGGUGGCCGCUAAGAUGGCGAAACUUCAGCUUCAACUAGUGCAGCCGGCCAAAGCGAAAGGCGCUCAGCCUGUCAAUCGCCGCGGCGAAGGCUGGAAGCGGCUCAAGACCUCACGUUUGCCACCAAACUUCGCUCGGAGCGUCUACAAGGCGCACACGGAGGGCCCUCGCUCGAGCUUCAUCAACCAGACGAACCACGCCACACCCGUCGGCAUGCUGGACCCCGCCGAUUGCUCCCCGUACGAGCCACCCGAGUUUAUUCCCGAGUUGCGCGCGCACUUCGUGCCACGUCCAGCAGAGGACCUGCAGGAGAAGAAGAUGCAGUGGGCCGAGUUCCUACGCGCACAGAAGGCGGCCGGCACUCCCAGCGCUGUCAUCCGACGCGGGGCUGUGGCCAAGAACGAGAGUGAAGUGGCCGACGACAUGUUCGAGCCCGAUCCGAGUCAGCAGAGCGAGACCAAGGAGCAGCGCGAGGCCCCCGCUCUACUCUGUGCCCGCAACAACAACCUCGAAGGCCUCGAGCUGGCGCUGGACCAGGGCGUGGACGUGAACAUGCGUGACAACCAUGGCAACACGCUGUUCAUCCUCGUGUGCCAGCAGGGCAACAAGCGUCUGGCCAAGUUCCUGCUGCGCCGUCGCGCCGACAUGAACCUGCAGAACCUCAACGGCAACACGGCGCUGCACUACCUAUACGCGUACAAGCACAAGGAGCUGGCCGAAUACCUCAAGGCCAAGGGCGCCGUGGACACGACGCAGAACGCCGCCGGGCUCACGUGCUACGAAGGUCUCAGCCAGACCGACGUCGACAGCAUUUAAGUGCGCAAAACUGUAGACGUAUAAUGGGAUAAUUUUUUGAGCGCGUC